AUGCAAACAAUGGUAAAAUAUAAUGUUGUUUUAUUGUUGAUUAUCUCUAUGGUUUUUACGUGUUGUGGCACUGAAAAUGGUAAUGAAAGCAGUAAAGUUUAUAUUGUAUAUAUGGGGUCACUUCCUAAGGAAGCGUCCUAUUCUGCAACCUCUCAUCAUGUGAGCAUGUUAGAACAAGUGAUAGGUGAUAGCGGCGUAGAAAAUUCACUGGUUCAAAGUUACAAGAGAAGUUUCAAUGGUUUUGCCGCCAUACUCAAUGAGCAACAACGGGAAAAGCUUGUCGCCAUGGAAGACGUGGUCUCAGUUUUUCCAAGCACUAAUUUCCACAUUCAAACUACAAGAUCGUGGGAUUUUCUUGGAUUUCCUCCAUCAAUCAAAAGGGAUCAAAUUAUUGAGAGUGAUUUAAUAAUUGGAGUCAUAGACAGCGGAAUAUGGCCGGAGUCCGAAAGUUUCAACGACAAAGGUGUUGGUCCCAUUCCAAAAAAGUGGAAGGGAGUUUGUAAAGGUGGUUCUAACUUCACUUGCAAUAAAAAACUUAUCGGAGCGCGAUUUUAUGGCAACACGGAUAGUGCAAGAGACGACGCUGGUCAUGGAACUCACACAGCAUCCACUGCAGGUGGAAGAGAGGUGCAAGGCGUGAGCUUUUUUGGUCUUGCAAAAGGCACUGCAAGAGGUGGAGUCCCAUCUUCAAGGAUUGCUGUGUACAAAUUAUGUGGCGCAGAUGGUGCAUGCACGGGUAGUAAUAUCUUAGCUGCAUUUGACGAUGCCAUUGCGGAUGGUGUUGACAUCAUCACAAUCUCACUUGGGAGCGAUACUCCUCUUGACUUUCUUAAGGAUCCUAUUGCUAUUGCUUCUUUUCAUGCCGUGGAGAAAGGAGUACUGGUAUCGCAUUCCGCAGGAAACUCUGGGCCUGGGCCAAGUUCUACUUCAAGUGUAGCACCUUGGUUAUUUAGUGUUGCUGCUACAAGCAUAGAUCGUCAAUUCAUUGAUAAGCUCGUUCUUGGAAAUGGGAAGACUCUCGUUGGUAGGUCGGUAAAUACUUUCACUUCAAAUGGCACUAAAAUUUCAAUAGCCAAGGGUUCUUGCACGAAUGGCUUUGGCCAAACAGUGGUCAAAGGAAAGAUUGUUGUGUGUGAUUCACCGGCGUUUGAAGAAUCGGCUUUUCUAAGUGGUGCAUUUGGUAUAGUCUCAAGUGCUGACGUAAAUGACGUUUCUUUUGUAACUCAAAUGCCUUCGGUUACCCUUGAUUCAAAAGACUAUGUUCUUGUUCAAUCUUACAUAAAUUCCACUAAAUCCCCUGUAGCUGAAAUUUUGAAGAGUGAUAUCUUCCAUGACACAACUGCUCCUAGAGUUGCUUCUUUCUCUUCUCGUGGCCCAAACUCAUUUAUUCCACAUAUUUUGAAACCGGAUAUAAGUGCCCCCGGAGUGGAUAUCUUGGCUGCAUAUUCACCUCUAGUCCCACCCUCCGGGAAUUCCGGCGACACCAGAAAGGUCAAGUACAACAUAGAAUCUGGAACCUCCAUGGCAUGUCCCCACAUUACUGGAAUUGCUGCCUAUGUGAAAUCAUUUCAUCCAGAUUGGUCGCCUGCAGCUAUCAAAUCUGCCAUCAUGACCACAGCAAAACCAGUGAAUGGUACUUAUAAUGACUUGGCUGGUGAGUUUUCUUAUGGAUCAGGAAAUGCAAAUCCAGCAUUAGCGGUGGACCCGGGACUUAUUUAUAACAUCACAAAGGACGAUUAUGUGCAAUUGCUUUGUAAUUAUGGUUACGAUAAUGCAAAAAUUAAACAGAUUACUGGAGACAACUCAAGUUGCCGUGGUGCUUCUAACCUAACUUUGAUAAAAGAUCUAAACUAUCCUGCAAUAGUGAUUUCUGUUGCGCCUGAGACACCUUUCAAUAUCAAGUUUCCUAAAAAAGUUACAAAUGUUGGCUCUCCUAAUUCAACCUACAAGGCUACUGUCACUCCAAUUCCAAAUGUCAAGAUUACGGUGGAGCCAAAUCUUCUGUCAUUCAAAUCAUUACAAGAGACACAGUCAUUUUUCGUCACAGCUGUUGGAAAACUAGGAUCACGUCAAACUUUGCUUUCCUCCUCACUUGUUUGGUCAGAUGGCACUCACAAUGUCAAGACUCCAAUUAUCGUGCACAUAAAACCCUAA